CUUUCACUCUCUAUCUCUCUCUCUCUCUCCAUUUCUCUGUAUCUGUGCAGGCUUCAAGUUUUCUUCUUCUUCGGCGCAAAUACGAACGAUUACCCCCCCCCUCUCUCUCUCUCUCUCUCCGUAAUUCGUUUCUUUUGCGUUCAGUGUACGUUGUGCUUUGGUUCAUUGUUGCAUUGUAGCGACUCUGCGGCAAUGUAUCGAAUCUUCAUCGACAUUGAGGAGCUUUUAUCAAUGCCUCUUGAUUUCUUGCUGAUAUGAUUAUUGAGGCGGAAUGACUUAUAACGUGUCUUAUACCAUGUUUUAGCAGCUAACAUACAAGUGAAUGAGGCUUGAUAUGUCAAAUGAAAUUUGAUACCUUGCCAAUCAAGAUGCAAUCAAGUAAUCAGUACUCAAGACCUGCUGGGAACAUGGGGUUCAGUUUAGAAGUCAAAAGGAGUUCAAAGUCACAAGAAACCUCGAAAGUUGUGAAGCAGAAGAUCCUAUCACCCCAAGCAAAUCAAAUUAUGAAGUCUCGAGACAAGCAUAAAAUGGAAAGUCCAUUUGGUCAACGUUACCUUGAUCAACAACAUGAAUUAAAAUGGAGGACAGGUGACAGGCUCAUAUUCCAGUCAAACUCUUCAAAGAACUUUCAAGAGCCUUUAAUUGGGAAGCAGGCAAAUAAAAAUGAUGAGCUCGUUAAGCACAUGUCAAAUUUACCUGGCUAUCUCCAGCGAGUGGAGAAAGGAGAAAAUCACCAGGAGAAUGCCUUAAAUUUUGGAGUUCUAGAUUGGGAGCGUCUAGAAAAAUGGAAGUACAAAAAACCAUCCCUAGCAAGAGGUAACACUUCCUCUGGCAGUAAUUCCUCGUUUAAGGCAGGCGGGUCGGUUACACUAUCCACUCUUGUUCAGAGCAAGAGUCUUGCUCCUAACAAGAAGCUACCCCCUUCACAUCAUCCUCAUGUUAAACCAUCUCUUCAAGGCAGUUUUUCUCAAGUUGUUAAACAGUCACGACGGAAGGUCAUACAACAAGGUUUUGAAAAUGCUUCAAGGAACACCACGGAUAGGCAGCGAAACCCUCACCAGACAGAUAAGUCUUCUGGCAGAAAUCGUUCUGAGAUAAAGUUUGACAGGGGCAAGAGAAAAGAUUCAGAUCAAAAGAUCACAUCAGAAAAGGAAACUUCGUUGUCAGGCGUGAGAAAACGUGAAUGCUCACACCCUUCAAAGAACAAGAAAAGUGCUCAGAACAGUUUAGUAACCAAUAAAGUAGAGGAGUUGCAAGCAUCAGGAUAUUAUCUCGAUCAAAAACACUGCCCUGUUGAGCACAAAAGCAUUAUUCUCCUUUUACCCAAACACUCUCCCAGAAAAAGUCACUCAGAGAUGGUUCAGACUUCUGAACCCAGAACAUCAGUUGAUGGAAAACCGAGGGAAGCAAAUUGGGAGAGCUUUUCAGAUGGUUUUUCUGGAAAAAGUUUCUCAGAGGUUGUUCAAACUUCUGAACCUGAAACAUCACUUGCUGGAAAACCGAGGGAAUCAAAUUGGGAGAGCUUUUCAGAUGGAUUUUCUUCUGAGGAGGUUCUCUCUGCAGAACUCUGUUCUGAGAUUCCGCAGUCUUGCCCACUGCCUAUUGGAGUAGAGACAAGCUCUCAGCUUGGCAUAAUGCCACAUAGCUUGAUCCAUGCUCAGAGCAUAGGCCUUUCAAAUGAUGCUUCUUGCACAUUCCUGUUUUCAAAUGAAACUCCAACCAUACCAUUCGAAGGUAAAUGCAUAUAUGAGAAUGCAUCAGGUGUGAAGCCUUCAAGUGAAAAUGGAAUUGAUAAUUCCAAGAGAUUGGAUCAUGAAACUACUGAACCUGCAGCUAUGAAAGGAAGGCACUCCGCACCCAAUCAUCGGUUUAGCUUUAGCCUUGGUAGAAUCAGCAGAAGUUUGAGUUUUAUGGAGAGCUCAGCUGAUCCACAGUUGAAUUCCACGUAUCCUACUGUCAAGCCUGGUCUUGUGAGAUCGGAAGCAUCUGAUUGCUUUUCUUAUGAGGAAGUUCACUCUCCAGAGAUUACUCACACUUGCCAACUUCCUGUUGGAGUGGAGACAAACACCGAGUCUGACAAGAAGCGCCAUAGGUUAACCAGUGAUCAGAGCACAGAACUUUCUUCCGAUGCACCGUGCAUGUUCACUUGUCCAAAUGAAACACCAAACACACCAUCAAAUGCAAAUGCAAUUAGGGCUUCCAGGAGAUUGGAUCAAGAAUCUACUGAACUGGAAUCUGUGAAAGGAAGGCAUCCAUCACUAAAUGGUCGCUUUAACUUUAGCCUUGGUAGGAUGAACAGAAGUUCCAGUUCUAAGGCAGGUUUGACUGCUCCACAGUUGAGUUCUACAUAUGCUACUGUAAAGUCUGGUCCAGUGGGAUCCGAAGUGUCUGAUUCUUUGGACAAUGCAAACAGAACCAAGGCUAGUAUUCAUAGUAGAUCCAGGUCCAGCCCUCUAAGAAGGUUACUACUAGACCCUCUAUUGAAGGCCAGGGUAACGAAUCCACACCAUUCUGCUGAGACCAUUCAGUCAAUGACAGCAAGUUUGAAUUGGACUUCCGAAGUUAUCAGCAGUACUGAAUCCCCGCAGGACAAGAUGCAUGAUGCAUCAACGGUUCAUGCUCUUCUGCAACUUACAAUUAAGAAUGGACUCCCUUUGUUCAAACUCAUUGUCAACAACAACAAUAUUCUCAUUGCCAUGAAAAAAGUAACUCAAUCUGGCAAGGAUGAUACUAGCUCGAUUUACACAUUCUACUCUGUUCGUGAAAUUAAGAAGAGUAGUAGCUGGAUAAAUCAUGGGCAUAAAGGAAAAAGUUGUGGCUUUGGCUAUAACAUCGUUGGUCAGAUGAACAUUUUCAGCUCUCAUUUUCCAGAUUUGACCGUACAGAUUUCCAAGGGCCAAUUCAUAAUGAGAGAAUCUGUUCUGUAUGGUGUCGAUCUUAGACAGGCAGAUCUGGAAAUACCUGAGUUAGUGCCAAACAUGGAGCUUGCAGCCGUCAUUGUCAAGAUCCCAAUUGGGGAUUCAAGUGAUGAUGGAGAUCAGAGAAAUAAAGGCAAAGAGUUCUCACUGGAAGAUAUAAAAGGAGAAACCAAGAAGUUCAAUAGUACAGAAGUCAUUCUUCCUGUUGGUGUUCACGGCUUGCCUAAUAAAGGAGCUCCUUCACCAUUGAUUGAAAGAUGGAAAUCUGGUGGGUCAUGCGACUGUGGAGGUUGGGACGUUGGUUGCAAGUUUCAAAUUCUCACCAAUGAGGAUCGCAGCUGCAAGCUGCCAGGACCAUCCAUAUCUUGCUCAAACCCGGAUCAUUUCAGUCUUUUCAAUCAGGGAGGAGCCCGUGGCAAUACACCAAUCUUCAGCCUGGCACCAUUCAAGAAGGGGAUUUAUUCUGUGGAAUUCAGUGCAUCAAUUUCUUUGUUACAAGCGUUCUCAGUUUGCGUUGCAGUCAUAACUAGUCAGAAAUCAUUUGAUUUCUCAGAAGUGAAUAACCUGUGUGACGCAAAGCUUCUCUGGGAAUCCACAUUGACUCCCGCCAAAGUCCAAGGGGAAGUACCCACAAAAUAUGUGUUUUCGCCACCCCCAUCACCUGUUGGAAGAGUCUAGUUCUAUGAAAAUAGCAAAAGAAACAGCAAGUGUACACCUCAAAGAGGUGGGUCUUGUUAACAAUAAAUUGACGGGUAGCGCAGCGAAUUUGGAGGAUGACAUCGAACAUCUCUGGCAUUUUAA